AUGAGAUUGAGCAACAUCCUCAUCUUGAGUCUGACGACUCAGAGCGCUGCUCUGAAUCCUCUUGACAUCGCAAUCUUGGGGUUUCCCUACGACACGUCGACUUCCUAUCGCCCAGGGGCUCGUUUCGGCCCAAGAGGCAUCCGUGCUGGAUCCUCGAGGGAAAAGAAAGGUCGCAGCUACAACACCGUCUGGGAAGUCGACCCAUAUGAUCAGGGUCUUGAGAUUAUUGACUGCGGCGACGUUCCCAUUACACCUUUCGACGCCAGCCACGCGUUCAAACAGAUGGAGCAGGCAUAUCGCCAGAUUCUCUACCAUGAGACGUCAGAGAAGAAUGACUGGGAGCAUCCGAGAAUUAUCAGCCUCGGCGGAGAUCAUUCCAUCGUUCUUCCAAUUCUUCGUAGCUUGAAAACCGUGUACGGGCCGGUUUCUGUCAUACAUCUAGACUCUCAUCUCGAUACAUGGGAUCCGUAUGAGGGAUACACAGGCAUCGUGUCAAACCAGUCAGCCAUCACCCAUGGUACCUUCUUCUGGCAUGCGAGUCGAGAAGGAUGUGUGAGCAAAGGAACCAGCAUUCAUGGAGGCUUGAGGACGAAGCUGUUUAGCCCAAACGACUACGUAAUCGACAGAGACGUCGUAGGCUUCACCAUAAUUGAAGCUCACGAGAUUGACGAUAUUGGCAUGAAUGCCAUCGUUGACAAGGUUCUAAAGACUGUUGGCGAUACACCGGUGUAUCUGUCAAUCGACAUUGAUGUUUUGGACCCCAGCAUUGCUCCGGCAACUGGGACGCCGGAGUCGGGUGGCUGGACUACUCGAGAACUCAAGCGGUUUCUGAAAGGCCUCGAGGGUCUCAACAUGGUGGGCGCAGACGUUGUAGAAGUCAGUCCGCCAUACGACACAGCAGCAGAGACGACUUCUGUGGCUGCUGCAGACUUGAUCAUUGACAUCUUGGCGGGAAUGACUAAGAAAAGAAGGUUUGAGAGCGGCCCGAGGAGGAAAGACGAGUUGUGA